CAGUGUUCGCUGACGUACGGGUCCCCCGCCACCCGGCUCCAACUGCUAGGUGGGUGGUCGGCGGGCGGGCGGUCCUGGGGUCGUGCGCCGGCGGCCCGGCUCAUCCUGUCGCCUUCCGGCCCUGUGCAGCCCGGGCUCGGCGCCAUGUACGCCGUAUACAAACAGGCGCAUCCGCCCACCGGCCUCGAGUUCUCGAUGUAUUGCAACUUUUUUAACAACAGCGAGCGCAACCUCGUGGUGGCCGGGACCUCGCAGCUCUACGUGUACCGCCUUAACCGCGACGCCGAGGUGCCGACCAAGAAUGACAGGAGCGCAGAGGGGAAGGCCCACCGGGAGCACCGGGAAAAGCUGGAGCUGGUGGCUUCCUUCUCUUUCUUCGGCAAUGUCAUGUCCAUGGCCAGCGUGCAGCUGGCGGGCGCCAAGAGGGAUGCCCUGCUCCUGAGCUUCAAGGAUGCCAAGGUGGGACUGUCGGUGGUGGAAUACGACCCGGGCACCCACGAUCUCAAGACCCUGUCUCUGCACUACUUUGAGGAGCCUGAGCUGCGGGUAGGCCUAGCCCCUCCCCUUGUCCCGCCCCCUGGCUCCGUGGGGGCCCCUGCAGGGCCUGCCUGA